GUUCAGCGUGUGGGGGGAGAGGAGGACAAACAAACUUGGCUAAGCCAAACACAUACACACAGUGGCAACUGUUGACACAGCCGCCGGCAGUCAAGCGGCAAAACUCCCAUAAAAAGCCGAUGAAACAGCAACCAGAGCAACAUAUAGAUUCCAACAUGUCUUUUAAGUACCUCACACUUUGCACUCUUGUGCUGCUGAUCAGCAUUGGCGCUACCUGGGCGGAGCGUUCGAAGACCCUACAGCCUCGACCGGUAGAGCAGCUGAGGCAAAGCAAGGAUCUGCGCUACCAAAAUAAUGAGCUAUACAGCCUAGACGACGAGGAUGGUGAUGAUAUUGUCGAAGAUGAGCUGGAUGCGGCUGAAGAUGAGGCUGCACAGCUGGAGCAAGACAAGAAUGACCUGGAUCAGUUGAAUGAUGCCAGCGUGGAUGAGCUAACCAAGCUUAUUGAUGGUUUGGAGGCCAUGGAACAGAUCGAAUCGCGCGCUGCAAAUAAUCGGGCCGGCAAGCGUUCCAAUACACGCCGCAACAGAAGUGGCUCAAACAAGGUCAAUAGACGUAAUGGCAAUAGGCGCAAGGGUAAUAGACGCCACAAUAGGCGCGGCAACUCCUAUCGCGGCGGCAACAAGCGCAACCGCAACAGCAGAAGGCGGAAAAAUGGCGCACAGCGGGUGAAUCGUGGCGAUAUCUAACGUUUCCACUAAUAUUUUGCUAAAAAGUGCAUAUCAUUUUUUAAAUCCCGAAAUAAUAAACUAAUAAAGAACUUAUUUUACUUAGCCUAUGAAA